AAAUAAAUAAAUAAAAAUUUGCAUUGAAUGUCUACUGUAUGCUCUAGAGCCUGUGCCAGUAGGGAAGGAGAUUUCCAAACCUCCCUGGCUGGGCAGUUUACAUUCCAGUGGGGAUGGUUCCCAUCCUCACGUUGCAUUGGCAACUGCUCUCUGCCCUUGGGCUGUCUUCCAUUCCCCUUCCCCUGCAGUGGGGAUGGCAAUGGGGGUGGGCCAAAGGGCAGCGUGCUGUCCUGAGGUCAGUCCAUUCAGCCAGUUACAUGGGUCACACCAGCCGGGUUCAAGAGAAGGCAGGAGGCAGGAGGCUUGGAGCCCGAAAAUUCGGCUCCCGGGCUGCAAUCUCUAUGCAUUGUGUGACUGUAAGCAGGGUGCCUAAUCGCCGUGAGGCCACUUCUCUCAUCUUUCAUAUAGGAUUAUAAUGCUCUCUUUGUAGCUUUGCCCGGAGAAUCAGAGGCUCUGUUGUGAGAAAACUCAUUGCUGCAGGUGGAGUGACCCUCGUUUCCAUCUGUCGGUAUGGUUUAUGGUUAGGAACACAGGCUCUCGAGUCAUACUACCUGGCUUCGAAUCCAGCUGCUUAUCAACUGGGUGACCUUGGGCACUUCACCCAGGUCAGACUGACCCAGCUCAAGUCAUGUCUCUUUGAUGCUCAGUUUAUCCAUCUUUUAAAUCGAGGUGAUGAAGGUGUCUACCUCAGACUGUGUCAAGGACCCAAAGCAACGCUUUCAGCAUAGUGCUAGGCACACGUGUGCUCGAAGCCAGUGGCAGCCAGUGCUUUUCUGCCAGGAGCUCCGGCAGGUGGGCUCCGGAUGGGAGGUAGGGGGAGAAGGCAGUGGGGAACGGCUGCUGGUGGUAGCAGGCAAAGGAAGAGUCAUGGAAUGCGAGUGGCCAUGAUUGGUGGCUCAAAGGCGUUCACACGUCCCAGUCCUCUGUCCAUUGCAGCCACACACAGACUUUGAGCGUCGGUGGAGGGAUCCUGGCAGGAGAGAGGGGUGUGAGUUUAGCAAUGAGGAAGCUGUAGGGCAAUUAGGCAGGGCGGAGCCAAGCCCUGGAUCCCGGUAAAGCCAGCAGAUGUGAAAAGGGCCAGACAGUAACACAGUUUCGAGUUACUACACUGAAGUGAUCACAGCAGGUAGGCCGGCCGCACGCCGCUGGACGUGAAUGACCGGCAGUGACCGCGCCCCUCAGCCCCUCCCUGUGAGCCUCUAGUACGGCGUCUUUGAUCCACCGCCGGCGUUUCCUUGGCCUUCCUCUUGGACCCACGGCUCUGGGGCGCACACAAUCGCACACCAAACGGCGUCGGGCGUCGGGUCUCAGUGCCAGGCUUGGCCGGAGGGGAAUCUCUCGGCUUGCGCUUGCUCUGCGGUGGGCUGGAUGGGCAGGUAGGGGGCGGGCUCCGGCGCUGGGACCCCGCUCGGGUGGCGCCUUGGCCCCGCCCCGCCCCGCCCUCCCUCCGCCUCAUUGGCAGCCGCACGAGCGUCGGGGUUGCCAGGGAGACGGGUCGCUAAGCUGCGAGUCAGUGCGAACCCUAGCCAGUCGGCCUCCGGCGGAGGCAACGGGGGAGGCCAGAGGGCGGGCGGUGGAGCGCAGCGCGCGGCGGCGGUGCCCCAAGUGGGUGCCUCCUCCCGGCCCUGCACGGCCCCCCUCCCGGCGCGGGGGCAGGCCGGGGCGGGGGGCCCGGAGGCCGGCGAGGCUCCGACACCGUCGGGGCGGCCGGGGGGCAGCCGGGGCGGGGCGAUGCCGGGCGGUGGCGGUGGUGGCGGCCCCGGCCGGGGCCCGUGACCAUGGGCAUCGCCGAGUCCACGCCGGAUGAGCUGCCGUCGGACGCGGAGGAGCAGCUGCGCAGCGGCGAGCAGCAGCUGGAGCUGAGCGGGCGGCGGUUGCGGCGGCUGCCCAGCGCCGUGUGCGCGCUGAGCCGCCUGCAGAAGCUGUAUGUGAGCGGCACGGGGCUGCGCGAGCUGCCCGAGGAGAUCGAGGAGCUGCGCGAGCUGCGCAUCCUGGCGCUGGACUUCAACAAGCUCGAGCGCCUGCCUGACGGCCUCUGCCGCCUGCCGCGCCUCACGCGCCUCUACUUGGGCGGCAACCGGCUGCUGGCGCUGCCCGCCGACUUCGCGCAGUUGCAGAGCCUGCGCUGCCUCUGGAUCGAGGGCAACUUCUUGCGGCGCUUCCCGCGGCCGCUGCUGCGCCUGGUGGCGCUGCAGUCGCUCCAGAUGGGCGACAACCGACUGCGCGCGCUGCCGGCGGAGCUGCCGCGCAUGACGGGCUUGCGCGGCCUCUGGCUCUACGGCAACCGCUUCGAGGAGUUCCCGCCCGCGCUGCUGCGCAUGGGCCGCCUGCACAUCCUCGACCUCGACCGCAACCGCCUGGGCGGCUUCCCCGACCUGCACCCGCUGCGCGCGCUGCGCGUCUUCUCCUACGACCACAACCCCGUCACCGGGCCUCCGCGCGUCGCGGACACCGUGUUCCUCGUGGGCGAAGGCGCCGUCGAGCGCAUGGCGGAGCGCGACGAGCCCACGCACCGGCCUCCGCCCCGGCGCCCAGCGCGGGCCUUUGAGGAUGAGGAGGAGGAAGACCUGCUCAUAGGCGGCGCUGGUUCCCGGGCUCUGGGAGCCCCCAGGGGCAGCCUCCGCGCCCUGGAAGCCGCUCCAGGACUGGGCACCUGAGCCUAUGUUCUGGCUGACGGGCUUCAGCCCCUCUGAGAGGAGGGGCUCUGGGAAGCUUUGGCUGCUUAGGCCUGCGGGACCGGCGGGCCCCUACUUGGGGCAAUGGAGCGGCCACUUUUGGCGAGUUGCCGAGCAUAGGCAGGGCAGGGGCGCAUCUUCAGACACUCCUUGGUAGUGAGAGGACUGACUAUCCCCUGGCUGAUCUGUGGGCAAUUGUCAGACCAAGAAGUCUGGGCUGGGUCCAGUCCCCGAUGGAGCCACUGAUAACAGAGGCGCCAGCUUCCACCUGGAACCAGGGUCACUGAGGGUUACAGAAUCUUCACGUCUCGCUGAGUCUGGAUGCAGGGCGCCCACCACCCUCCCUCCUUCUGGGGUUUGGGUCUCCUAGGCCCACCCUUUCUAGGGCAGGAACCGCUACCUCUGGGGUGGACUGCGUGCCUGUGUGGGAUCGGACUGCCCUUGGGAGGAGGGCCUGGCCCAGGAGCAGGGGCUUGGAGUGGGGCUGGUGCCCGGGAUAGAAGUGGGAAAGAGAUGGGGGCCCCAGCACCGAAGCUGCCCUCACCCCUCCACCAGAGCUGAGUACAUACCUCCCUCCCCGGCCCCCUGAGAUUCGUAUGGGGCACAGAAGGCAGGGGGUCACCCCCACCCUAUUCUGUUCUCUUCUCCCAGCCUCCCAGCGUGUGCCUGGAAUCUUGCUGGGAAGAGGGAGCUCCCCCUCCACUCCCCACCCCAUAGCCUGAGCCUUCCAACUGUCAAGUUUGAAAAGAAGCCACCGUGCCUCCAGGGCCUCCUGCACCGCAGAGAGGGGCUCUCUGCUCUGGGAGGCUGCUCAGCGCCUCUCCCACAGCCUGCACUCUCCUUUCCCUUAAAUGGGCACAGCCAGGGUGGCUGGCACGGGACUGGCACUCUGUACCUCCACUCCGUCACCAGGGACAGCCCCGAGGGGGUGAGGAAAGGGGCCUUGCUCUGCAAUUCCCAGAGCCAGAUCUUCCUCAUCCAAGCAAUAACGGAACGAGGGAGCCAGGGCCAAGGACACUCAGGGACACUGUUGGGGCCGGAGCCCCACAUGGUAAUGUUUUCUUUAGGGAGAAGAAAAAACAACUGGCUGUAAACAUAAAUUAUAUUUCUUGGAGAAAGAA